UUUUUGCUAAAACUACCUACAUUUAAAAACAGAGGGAGUAUUAGUCAACGUUUGUAUUAAAGAGUUAUCUAAAACUAAACGUCAUACAACAAGAGUAAUGUGUAUCCUCCCUCCCUAAGUUAUAUUAAUUUAAUGUUUGAAUAACGAACGGUUCAACACCAAUGCACCUUUAUUCUUCUUCUUAAAUUUGAACACAAAGGGAAGAAGAAAACAAAAAACAAAAAGCAUUACCAUUUUGAAUGAGGAGCAAUCUCAGCCGUCGGAUUAGAAAAGGCCGCUCUUAUACCAACCAAACUCUUUCUCUCAUUGAGAAAAUUUUGAAAUCUAACUGCGAGAAGAAGAUGUCGUCGAGGAUGAGAUCAUCUUACCUGAAACCACCGCUUCCCAAAUCUCCGAUCCGUCUCCGAUCACGCCAAGUCCUCCUCUCCAACUCUUCUUCUUCCUCCACUCUGAUAACACCACCAGGUGUGACGAAGCCGGGACGAAGGUUAAGCCAUGGAGAUGCGGAAGCUAAGCUCCCGAUCGAGUCAGAGGAUGUGAAAACCAGAGCUGAGGCGUCGAAUCUGCAGAAUUUGGCUGCAGAUUCGGCUCCGUUGGUGUUCGAGAGAGGAAGGUUCUACGAGGAGUAUUCGGCCAGGAGGAACGAGCGACUGAAGAGGAAGAACAAGGGGGAAGAAUCUGUAGUCAAAGGAGUCGAGCCUACGACCACCAAGAGAAGAGGAACCACCAAGAACACUACAAAGCCGAGGUAUUCUCUGAGGAGCAUGAGCAUGACCAAGGAGAACAAGAAGCCUCCUCUUCCUCUUCCUAUUGAUGUUGUUGUAACUAGUUCCAAGAAGAAAAGUGUUACUACUACUACUAUUACUAUGAGGGGUAGGAGAAUCUGAUGUUGCUUUCGGGAUUUCGAUGUAAAAAUCCAUGAAUCUUCUUUGUUUUGUUUUUGUUUUCUCAGUUACUCAUACAUUCAGACCAGCUUAUCUUAUAUCUAAUGAAUAUUCGAUUAUAUUAUUUCAUCA